GUGGGCCCUCCCAGAGACCUGAGCUGCCCAAACCUGUGCAGCCGGAUUCCUGGGGGAGCUUCUAUUUGCCCUUCUGGUUGGCCAUAUCCCCCACCCGCCCUGUGAAAUCCAAGCCCCCAGGGGCUGGGCCAGCUGGACUGGUCCGCCCCCAAGCCUCCCCUGCCCUCACCGGACUGAUGACCCACCACCACCCUCCCACCUCUGUGGGGCCUCCAUUCAGCCUCUGCUAUGGGAGGAGCCCCUUCCUGCCAGGAAGCGCUGGGGGGGGGACCCUAACUUGAGGCUCCCUUGCCCACCAGAUGACUGGUGCUGGCCUCUGUCUCUCUGCUGUGUGUGGGGGUGCCCUCAAGCUUUUUAGGGUCUCAGACCUCUUGGAAAAUCUGAUGAAAGCAGAAAUCUUCCAAAACCCGCUACAGCCUGCGCCCAGAGCCACCGUUCGCAUCCCAGGCCCCUGAACUUAGAGCCCUUCAGGAGGCCUUGCCCGGCCCUCAGGAGCUCUUGGCUCCAGGAGGCGCUCGCUCGAGGGGGUUCACAGACCACCUGGAACGAGGCACACGCAUUUGUGGGUGUGGCUUCUGAAGUUUCUCAAAUGGCCCUUUAAAUAUAUAUAUAUAUAAUAUAUAUUAUACAUAUAUAUAUACACACACACACUCAUUCAUUUGAAAGGCAGCACAGAGAGAGAGGGAGAGACAGAGAUCUUCCAUCUGCUGGAAGAUCCCCCAGUGCCUGCCUCAGCCAGGGCUGGGUCAGGCUGGAGCCAGGAGCCAGGAGCUCUACCCGUGUCUCCCACUUGGGUAGCAGAAGCCACCGUUCACUGCCUUGCCAGGAACACUAGCAGGGAGCUGGACCAGAAGUGAAGUAGCUGGGGGGCCGGCACUGUGCCUCAACGGGUUGAGCCGCCAUCUGCAAUCCUAUGUAAAACACUGGUUCAAGUCCCAGCUGCUCCACUUCCAGUCAAGCUCCCUGCUAAUGCACCUGGGAAGGCAGUAGAAGAUGGCCCCAGUACUUGGACCCCUGCACCCAUGUGGGAGACCUAGAUGGAGUUCCAGGCUCCUGGCUUCUGCCUGGCCCAAUGCCAGCCAUUGCGGCCAUUUGGGAAGUAAACUAGAGGUGGGAAGAUUCUCUCUCUCAACUCUGGCUUUCAAAUAGAAUACAUCUUUAAAAAAAAAAAAAAAAAAAAGAAAGAAAGAAAGAAAAUACCUGGGGCUCAAACCAGAACUCUGAUUAUGGGAUUCCAGUUUCAAAAGCUGCAGUUUAACCUGCUGUGCCACAAUGCUGGCCUGUCCCAAGUGGGUUUUUGACCCAAGGAAGUUAGAGACCUUGAUCAUCUGUGAUCUAUCCCCACUAGGAUCAGGAACUGAAGUUUGAUCUGGUCUGUGUGACUCCCGGCCACCCUCCAUGAGAGGGCUGUCUGUGGCCUGGAAGGCAGGGGGCCCACCUCCUCUGGGUGGUGUCUUGGCUGGGGAGGCCAGAGCAGCCAGCGGGAGCUGGGUCUGAGCUGCACCCUGAGUGGGGGGGGGGGGCGGUGUAGCCUCCCUCCCCUGCUGCCUCAUCCUGCAGACCCCAGGGUGCCCCUCCCCCCUCCACAAUGGGCUCUUUCUCUCCCGGACUGUGCAGACUGUCAGCCACUGCGCUCAGCCCCCAGUGUCAGCAGCGGAGGUAGGGAGGGCACACCUGAGUAGGGGGAGGGGGCGGGUUUCUAGGCCGUCGUCAGGGUGAUGCCACCUGAGCUGGGCGCCAGGCACCUGUUGCUAGGGGAACUGUGUGGGCCGGGCCCUCCCCCGGGAGCUUCGAGGGCACUGGGCUGAGACUGGAGAUGGAUCGGAUUCCGGAGUUCCCAGCGUGGGGGCCUGGGGCGGGGGUGUGCGAUACUGGGGCACAUUUGCAUCACGAAACCAGGCAGCAGGGAGCAACGUGGCAGGGGCGGGAGGCCAGGGAGGAGGCAAGCUCGAGGGAGCAGAACCUGUGCCCACUCCUCUGUUCCGAGCUCACCACCUUUUUGCCCCCUGCCACCGAGUCCUUGUUCCUCAGCUUCUCCUGGGUCUUUCCAAUUCCUUGGCCCCUGGGUUCCCACAGGCAGGGGAGUUCUUCCUCCACUGUCCCCUCGGGAUCACGGUUUCCCCCACCCCCAUCACACUCCCUGCCCACGCACUCCAGCCCCCGCCUCCCAGUGGCUCAGGUUUCCCGACUGGCGGCCUCCCAGCCUCACCGGGCUCCUCCCCUGCCUGAGCCUUAAAACCCCGCCUGCAGUGGGAGUCGGCAGAGUCCCCGGUGGCACCCGCAGAGCCUGCGCCACCACAUAAGAACCGGCGCCUGGCAAGAAAGAACGGCUCUUCCCAUCCCCGAAAGCUCGGCCUGGACCUGGCUGCUGGGCACCGGAUGGACAACAGCCCCCGGUGGGGACGCAAACCACACUGCUGAGCAGGACGGUGAGACCGGCUUGUGUCCAGCGAGGGUCACACACCCCCAGGAGAAGCGCCUUCCUGACAGGCUGCAGAUGGGAGUGCGCUCCUGACCUGAAGGCGCCAGCGGGGUCCCGCUUCCUGCUGGGUCCUGAGGCUCCCACCCUGCCCCUCCGACCCACUCUGAGCCAAGGAGGCCGCCGAGGGCCGAGGACACAUAACUGAGGGGUGGAUGGCGUCCGCUGGCCUGGAGCUCUUGGGCAUGACCCUGGCCGUACUGGGCUGGCUGGGGACCCUGGUGUCCUGCGCCCUGCCGCUCUGGAAAGUGACCGCCUUCAUCGGCAACAGCAUCGUGGUGGCCCAGGUGGUGUGGGAGGGGCUGUGGAUGUCCUGUGUGGUGCAGAGCACCGGCCAGAUGCAGUGCAAGGUGUACGACUCGCUGCUGGCGCUGCCCCAGGACCUGCAGGCCGCCCGCGCCCUCUGCGUCGUCGCCCUCCUGCUGGCCCUGCUCGGCCUGCUGGUGGCCAUCACCGGUGCCCAGUGCACCACGUGCGUGGAGGAUGAGGGUGCCAAGGCCCGCAUCGUGCUCACGGCGGGGGUCAUCCUCCUCCUGGCGGGCAUCCUGGUGCUCAUCCCCGUCUGCUGGACAGCUCACGCCGUCAUCCAGGACUUCUACAACCCGCUGGUGGCCGAGGCCCUCAAACGAGAGCUGGGGGCCUCCCUCUACCUGGGCUGGGCAGCGGCGGCUCUGCUUAUGCUGGGUGGGGGGCUCCUCUGCUGCACCUGCCCCCCGCCCCAGCUGGAGCGGCCCCGCGGCCCUCGGCUGGGCUACUCCAUUCCGUCCCGCUCGGGUGCUUCGGGGCUGGACAAGAGGGACUACGUGUGAGGCGGAGGCUGACCGCAUCCCUGAUCCACACCUUGCCUGCCACCACCGUUGGCCACACGCUCCCAACUCCCAGAAGCUCAAGCUGGACUCUGCCUCCAGUGGGCCCUCCCCAGUGGUGGGAGACCCACUCUUCAUUCUGCUGGGUACCCUGGCCCAGCACUGGCUCUCGCAGUAACCACUUCCUCCCGCUGUCCAGGACACAGGCUGGCCCUCCCCUGCCCAGGCCCCUUGGAUUCUAAAACAAGGAGCAGACUGUGUCCUCCUUGCCCUGCACCUGUCCAUUCUGGCCUGGCCACCACCCGCAGGCAAGGCCCAGCCUCCCUCCUCCUCCCCAGGGAAGCCCUGCACACACCUCACCCUCCACCACCACAAAAGCAUUUGCAGGUGGUGGCCUUUCUGGCACAGUGGGUUCAGCUGCUGCGUCCCAUUUGGGAGUUCCUUGGGUUUAAGUCCCUGCCCCUGCUCUCCUGAUCCAACUUCCUGCCAAGGUGCACCCCGGGAGACAGCAGGUGGUAGCCAAGUACUUGGGUCCCUGGGAGACCUGGAUGUUGUUCCAGGCUCCUGGCUUUGGCCUGACCCAGCCCUGGUCGUGGUGGGUAUUUGGGGAGUGGGUCUCUCUGUGACACUGCCUUUCCAAUAAAUCAAUCUUA